AUGGAAGGCGUGCGACCGCCUCCCCUCCGGAGCCUGGAUGAUUUCCUCCUGAGCUCGGCGAGGUUCGCGCUGCCAGAUGUUCGCGACCUGGACCGCUGGAACAACCGGAUCAUCAACAACCUGCUCUACUACCAGAGCAACUACUUCCUGUCCGCGCUGGGCCUGCUGCUGCUCGUGGGGUAUUUCCGACCCUUCCAGUUGUUUGUUGGGGCAGUGGUGGUCUCCUUGUUGUUCCUUGGCUUUGUCUGGGCUGCCGAGAACCAAGCUCCCAUUCGCCGUUUCCGUAGAAACCACCCGUUGAUGUGUGUGGUGGCUGUCCUGGUGGCCAGUUACCUCUUAAUAUUGGUGCUGGGAGGCGUGGCUGUCUUCCUGUUUGGCAUAGCCUUCCCUAUACUGACGGUUCUGGUCCAUGCGUCGAUGAGACUGCGGAGCCUCAAGAACAAGCUGGAGAAUAAACUGGAAAGCAUCGGUUUGAAGAGGACACCCAUGGGACUCCUGUUAGUGGCCCUGGGACAGGAACAGGAAGCUGGAUCCUAGAGAGGAGGAGGAGGAGGAGGAGAAGGAAGAGAAGGUGUGUGCGGGUGUUGAGGAGGACAGGUUGGGUGCAGUCUAAAGGCCGGCGCAUGCUUCUGCGUUUUCAGGGGCCCGGAAGCGCAAGAGCCCUUCCGGGCCCCUUACGUGCUUACGUAUCCCUUCUUUCGUGCUCACGUGCGUCGCCCAAUUUUUCUAACUAUACAGCAAAGCUCUGCAAGCCUCACGCAGCCCGCAAGGCUGUGAUUGGUCUGCUAACUACAUCCUUUCCAAAGUCGCAUUACCGGUUUCAUGACCGAUAAUACCGGCAGAAACCACGGAAGUUUUAGAAGAACGAAUAUGGACCAAAUAGAAGAUUGUUUGGCAGAAGAGAUCCGAAACUAUGACCACUAGCAUAACCCGUCACUGACUGGCAGAUUUGUCCGGCAGAAAAAGGCACUGAGGAGCCGCAGUGGCGAUGUAAAUAAACAGUCAACGACAACUUCCACACACAAAGAAGGGCCGACUUAGAAAAAAAACAUUACUCCGCCUAGUGGUCUGGCGGUGAAUUGCUUUGCAUCAAGCGCAACCCUUGGGGAACCAUAAAUUAAAACGAGUCCGUUGACACAGCUGUGUGAAAAGCCGCAGACGCAGUUACAGAAGCAUGCGCCGGCCUUAAGGGGAAGGAAAAAAUAAAUUGAGGUUAAGAAGUAGGUGGGAAAUUGGAAGAGGAGAGGAAGAACAUAGGCGGAGAGAAUUACUAGAAGAAAAAGCAUUAGAAAAGAGUUAAUGGAACAAGGGGUGGUUUAUGUAAUGAACAAAUUAUUAUUCAGCAGUGAAUGAUGAGACCUACUCUAUGGUCCAAUAGGAAAACGAAAGGAAUCAUCAUUAACACGUUUAAAGUAUCCCUGACUGUUUCCUGCCUAAAGUUGCACUUUCAUUGACUGUUCACUGUAUUAUUUCAUUUAUUUUGAGACUGUUUUUGCUCUACAUACAUGACAUGUGUAGCACUGUAGUUGCAGUGUGGAGUGUGUUCUGCUCUCUGUUCAGCAUAGUCAUAUUGAGGCCUGAUAUGACAGAUUAGUAGUCAUCAUAGUUUAUUUUAUUUUAUUCAUUAAAAUCACUACUCAGAGUUUUAAUCUUGUGAAAAUGUAGCUUAAAUCUUGAAAUGUUACUUUUUCUUAUGAAAAUGUAACGAUUCUAAAAAUAUCCCAACUUGAUUCUCGUAACACUUUGACUCAUUUAAAAAUAUAUGGACGUUAUUCUAUAAAGUCUCCACUUUACUUCCUGCUUACAUGACUAUCCACAUGGUCAAAGUACAAACUUUGUAUGCAACCAAAGUAUUGUAAUGAUAACAAGCCUUUUCACUAUUUUAAUUAUAGCAGUCUCAUUCAUGAGGGAGAACUGUGGUAUGCAAUUAAAGACUAUAACUUCAGUGUUUGUAACUAAAACCUCUGAACUCACUGCAAGAAGCAUUCAAUAUAAGUGAAGUGAAGUCACCACAGUGCUUUAAAAAUGAAGAGUCGAGAAAAAUCCAGGAAAAUCUAGUUGUAAAGCUUGAAGUCUUAAACGUGCAUAAUUUCAAGGAAAUCUGAGUAUUUGUGUGACGAGAAUCAGCUCCCUGAGUGGGAGAAGUAGGAAAAUAUGAAGGAAAAAAAAUCAUUUUAGUUCCCACAUUUCUAAACCUGUAUUUACGUCAGAGAAAAUGCUUCACCCACAGAGCUGCCUGAAUUCUUUACUGCUGGUCAGUGGGAUCUGCCCAGUCUCCCUGUGCUGGGAAAAGCUCUCCUGAAGUAUAACUAACAACAAAACACUUUGACCAUCAACGUUAUUCCUUAAUCAUUUCAAUUCUUGUUAUCUCAGCCAAUAAGUAGUUCGCAAUUUUCCUCUAUCACUUUUUGUUUUUAGACCCACUUGCUGCAGCUGUUGGUGGAUUUGUUGAAUUGAAUAGAAACAAAUUUAGCACAGAUAUUCAGUGAUUAUCCCCAGUGGAUGGAUCCUAUUGGCUGAUGAUCACCUUACUUUUCAUUUCAACCUCCAAUAUUUCACAAUUGUAAAUUAUUCAGUGAUGACUGUGGCAGCUCGCCAUACAAAAUGUAUAAUUAUGAACCAAGUGACCUUCAUUAGUGGGCAUGUGCCCCCCUGUGACCGCUAUGGAUUGAAUCAUUUCUGUGGAAAAAACUGAUUGGCAUCUAGUUCAGCACAAGACAAUUAGGAUUGAUUCACAAUGUCAUCAGUUAGCGUAGAAAACCACUACAACUUCCUCCAAAUAUAGUGCUCUAUCUAAGUUAGUUUAAUUACAGACGAGUCUAAACCAAUGCCUCUAUAUAAAGAUGGAUGAUGCAUCUCCACUUCUUCCUGUUGUACAAAAAUGAUGCUUUGUCCCAUGUGCUAACAUGGAAAAAGUUGGAUUUAUGACCUGUGCUGCGUCCAGCCACAAGGGGGCAUUCAAGAUGGUUUUGCUUCACUUUUGGGGAGUUGUAAUUUCUUCCAUUUUUAUAUAAAGUCGAAGGUCUAACUAGUAAAGACCACUCGCCUCACCACCUAUGGUGUUGUGCCAAACUCGGGAGGUUUAUCCUGUGAUAGUCCAAGAAUAAUGAGAAAGUACAACAGAAAUAGGUUCAAAGCUAUUAGGUAAUUUUUAUGGUAUAUAUGAACUUCAUGACAUCAUCGCAUUAAUGCUGGUAUGUUGUUGUCUUUGAAUUAUUAUUAUUAUAAGUUAAUAUUUAUUUAAAUUAAAGUUAUCUCACCUCGAAGUUCCAGUUUCCAAACCAAUGACAUUCCGAAUGCGUAAAUUUGGCUUUUAAUUGAAAUAGAAAUGAAAUGUGGAAUUGCAAACCAGCCAUCAUUAACUGUAAUACAAAAUAAGUAUAUCAUACAACAUUAUGACAUAGGUCUACCAUUUAUUGCAGAAAAAGGUCAUUGUAUUUAAACACUCCAUAAACAUUAACAUUCGACUACUUCAUUGUUGGUAGGUUGUCCAGUAUUGCACAUAAUUGGUUUCCUGCUUUGUAGAUGUGAUGAAGGACUGUUCUUGUUUGAAGAAAGAUAAAUAAAAAGCACUCCUGUGUUGUUUUUAUGAAAUAAGAAGGAUUUAAAAAACAUUAAGUGUUUUUUUUGCUCAUGUCAACGACAGAGUAUUUAAGCCAUGGAAGUUCUUUUUUUGGGGGGAUUUCAAGAAUAAUUUCUUAAUAUAACGAGAAUAAAAUUGUAUUUUAAGUCCUCUUCUGGACCACUGUUUCUGAAAUUGGCCAUAGGAGGGUUUCCUCCACUAUGGCAUUUUCCUCUGGUCAAAGAGUGUUAGUUGAUGGAAAGCUGUAUAUUAAUAUUAUAGAAUAUUAUUAUUAUUUUUACAUUGUUAGCCUCUUUACUCUGAACAAAAGAAAGACUAUGUAAGUGGCUAAAUUGUAUUUUGUAUGUGCCAUUGCAUUGAUAUUUGCCUUGUAUAAUUAUGUUUUCAGAAAACACUAGAGAAUGUCGCACACUUGCUCCUGGACUUUCUCCAGAGUUUUCCUUACACACAUGCACAAUGCAGCAGGAGAUUAUAUUAUUUACAUUCUGCCUAGUUUUUAUAAGUUUGUGGCAGUGAAUAGAAAGAAGCGUGUUGUAGUUUGCUCUGUAACUCAUAAGCAUUAACUGAAAUACAAGAAUGUAAACUCAGACUAAACUUUUCUGCAUGACUGUCAUUUAUCUAAUAUCCCAGUUUAAAAUUAUUAUUGUCAAGUGUUGCUUUCUGUUCAGUGAAAUGUUUGAAGUUUAUUCACCAAGACCGUGUCUUUGACCUUUUGUCAAAAGCUGCAAUUA